GCAAACCAUGAGGGCGAGAUCAUGAGAAGCUCUUCCACCAGCCCUGGUGGACAUGUUCACUGCCAUGCAACUACAGCUGACAUCCCAGCAGAGCGCAGCAGAGUAUCACGGAACCUCCAGACCAAACCAAUCAAGCCUGCGCGUGCGCUUUUCAACCUAACCAGGACGAAAUAAUCAACCGGCGAUACGGGCUGGAAGGAUGGCAGACGUCAACAAGCAAAAUGCGCUGAAAAGCACUGUCAAAAUUGCAGCUGGGGCCGUUGUCUGUGUUGAAAGUGAAAUAAAAGGGGACGUGACCAUUGGUGCGAGGACAGUUGUGCACCCCAAGUCACGAAUUAUAGCAGAGGCGGGCCCCAUUAUUAUUGGAGAAGGCAAUCUGAUUGAGGAGCAGGCACUUAUCAUCAAUCGUUAUCCAGAGAAUAUCAUGCCAGACACAAAGGGUAUUGCGCCCAAGACCAUGAUAAUUGGGGCCAACAAUGUCUUUGAAGUUGGAUGUGUGUCUCGAGCUUUGAAAAUCGGAGACCACAAUGUGAUCGAGUCUAAAGCGGACCUUGGGAGAAACGUAAUCCUGACCAGUGGCUGCAUCAUUGGGGCGUGUUGCCAGAUUAAGACAUGUGAGGUCAUACCGGAGAACACAGUCAUCUAUGGAACGAACCGCCUGAGACGUGUACAGACUGAAAGGCCGCAGUCCCAAACGCUGCAGCUAGAUUUCCUCAUGAGGAUUCUGCCCAACUACCACCGUUUGAAGAAGACGAUCAAAGGAGGCUCCACGCCAGUCAGAAACUAACUUGGAAUCGACUGAAGUUAACUAAUGACUACGCCUCUGCCAAACACACUCCAGAAGCAGCGGCUUUGGUCUGCUAAAUGCAGACAUGCCUUAAACUCGCACUAUUAGCACUCCUCUUGUGAUGUCUGGACCGCCGUGUGGCUUCUUAACACGGUGCACUUUGUCUUUGGUGUUAUCAGAGACCGCUGCAGAAGUGCAAAAGACGCACAAUUCUUCAUUUAGUCAUUCCUGUGUGCAAAUAAGGCUUCUGUUCUGUUCAAAUGUUAGUUAUACUUACUAUUUAUUCUGAAACUUUGUCUUUAUUUAGAAUUGUGUGAAGUUCAGUGCAAGUCCUCGUUGUGAUCUAUUUUAAAUCUCAAGUGAGAUAUUCUUAGAGCCAUUUUUAUGUCAAUCAUGUAUAUCCUCUGUUGGUUUAAAUAAAGAUAACUGUCUGCAA